AUACUGUUUUCAGCGACAUCAAACGUAGAAAUUCGUUUUAUUGACAAUCAUAAGACAUAUGUUGACAAAAAUUGAAAAUUGUUUUGUUUUUUUGUAUAUUCUUUGUUUGCCUUGGAAUUUCCGGAAUCUUGAUAAAAAUCGAAUUUAAUCAAGUGAAAUUUUCGAUUUUUGUUUUGAAUUUUUGGUUUAGACGCAAAUAAAAAAAAUGCCAAAGCUAAAAAAAUUUCUGCCUGGCAUUUUCAGUAAUGGUAAAGAUUCUCAAAAAAAUACCAAUAAAAGUGAGAACGAAGACCUUAACCUUGGAGAUAAAUGCGUCCCAGGAAGGCUAGAAACCGAUGCCUUGCCGAUUGAUGAAAAUGAAGAAUUGCCAACUAGCAAUAACCCCACACCAACACCUUCGACAGAACUAACAGAGUCAGUGGUUCGGGAACUCUCAGCACCAAACUACAAUUCGGUUGAGGAAGCAAAUAAUACAAAUGCAUUUGAAAGUGAAACUGGAUUAAACUCCAAUACGGGUGUGGUUGCCUUGCAGUCAAACAGCCAUGCUUUGACGCCAACAUCACCCGGUGACCUGGCACCAGCUACUAUGAACACAAUGAAUGUACAUAAUGCUCAACAACAAAUGGUAAUGCAAUUCUCCAACAUAAAACAGCUGCAUUUUGGUUCAGUCUAUAAUUUUAAUAGCAACAUAAGUGGUAUAGCUACCAACAACACACGCAAAAUUGGUAAAAGUGACGAACCCAACUCUCCUAGUUGCUCUAAUGGUGUGGACAACAUAAAAAGACAACUACCACGUAAAACUACUUCAAUUGUGGCUAUGAUGCAGUCACGUGAGGAGCCAAAUCACCGUAUAUUGGAAACUAUAUCUACACACCUGGGCGAAGGUUGGAAACAUGUGAUGCGAGAGCUGGGCCUCUCGGAAGGACAAAUCGAGCAAGCUGUUAUCGAUCAUCAAAUGCAUGGUGGAAUCAAAGAGGUUAUUUAUCAGCUACUGCUACAAUGGAUUCGCGAUGCUGAGGAUAAUGUAGCAACGCUUGGACAUAUUACUUCGCUGCUUUGGGAGUUAAACCAUCGCGAUUGCGUGCAGCGCAUGAAAUUGGUUUACAAAUCCGAAGUGGAUAGAAGAAAACCUUCCUCAUAAUGGCUAACAAUUUCUAUGUUGUUAAGAUAACACAAAAUGCCUUAUAGGGUUGACGGGCGAAGCCCAGGUUCUCAUUAAGUAGUAUAUAUAUCUAUAUAUACAUUAUAAUUUUCAAAAUUUUUAUUUUACUCUUUCAGUGUGAGGAGCACAAAAAACUAUGUUCUGUGCAAUAUUGUAUUCUUGGUAAAAACCCUGUAUACUUAAGAUUUUUAUAAAGUAAAAUUUAAUAAGUAUAUUUUAUAUGGGUUCACAAUAUUCCUGAAAAUACGGCACAAAAGUUAGAAGUUUAAAAUCCAGUCUUAUGACCAUGAGCAUAUCUUAAAAUAUCCAUCGCCAUGGCUAUAUACAGACAUAAAUAUACAUAUAUUAUGUGCAAAUGUAUGUACUUAAUUGUUCAAAUUGUACUGAUUGUUAUGCUUAAAGUUUGUUAUUGCAUUUGUGCAUGCAUGUAUAUUUGCAGAUGUUGGGCCAAAUCAAAUACAGCACAGUAAAGAGGUUCCAAUAGUGAUAAGUAGAAAUGCAUAAUUUGGUUUUAGAUUUUAAUAUGUUUUUAAGCACAAUUUGUAUUCAUGUAUAACAAAUUUGUAUAAAUAUUCAAAUUUAACAAAAUUUAGAAAUUUUAGAAAAUUGAAAUUUAAGUAUGAAUUUAAUUACAUAUAAUAAAAUUCCUAUGAAAAUUUUGAUAUCGAAUAUACAAGAGUUUGUGUAAAACUGCAUUUGUAAAUUUUUAAUUAUAUUUUGAUUAAUGCGUGAUGUUAAUGAAAAAGUGCAUACAAAUAUGAUUUAUAACGACAAUAAAAGCUUUAACGUUUAAACAAAUUUAAUAGCUCGAGAAUUUUGUAUACAUAUAUGUACAUAAUUAAAAAUAUUUUAUUUCAAUAAAACAUAAAAAAAUUGUUUUAAAAAUAAAAAAUAUACGCUUUUUUCGUUAUUGGUACCGGCGAAUAGCGUAAGGUAUGCUAUAAAAAUAAGUAAAUAAAAGUGAACGCCGACUAAGUUAUGAGCAAGUUUUAGUUGGUUUGAACUCACAAAACUUUAUGCUCUGCUUUUUCGAUACAAAUAAUAAUUAGUGUAGUAGCUGCAAUUUCGAAAUGGACGGAUUGAUGGAUAUGACUAAAUGGACUCAGCUAAUCACGUUCAAAAUUUAUAUGUGUACUUUAUAGAAUAUCUGACAUUUCCUUUUGCGUUUAACAAACUUAAUGUGCCUUAUUCAGUGUAUAAAAAUAAAAUAUGGAUUAAAAGCAAUGAUUUAUUAAAAUGUACGAGUAUAUAUACAAGUAUGUAUGUAUAUAAACAAUAGCUUUUUAAAUACAAUUACACAAAGUCACUUGAAAAUCAUUUUGUAGAAGCUUACGUUAUCGUCUUGCGAAGUGACAAUCCACUGUGUUAUACAAUAUACAUAUACUAUAUGUAUUAAUAAGUAUAAGCAAUUAUUAUAAUAUAUGUGUGUGUUGGUAUGUAUGUAUGGUAUAUACAAUAUAAAUCAGUUUGUACUAAUAUUAUAUAUUUAUUCAAUAAUAAUUCCUGCCAUUUGUCAUAAGUGGCUAUACGGGUUGAUCUUUACUAGCUCUCUCUACUAGCUUUCUUAUACUUACACUUACUUAUACUUAUACUUACAGAAUAUAUAACGCUAUAGUUUGCAUUCAUUUCUACUAUUAUUAACUUGCUUAUACGCUGAAACCUAAAUUGCUCUUAUUUUUUCGUAAUCAUGCGAAAUCUUAUUGUUUUGGCGUGAUAAGAAAGUAAUGCCAUUAAAAAGGGAGUUGUAGUAAAACUUUUCGAUGACUCGACAAAAUAUCUUUAAGAACAUAUUUAAAAUAAAUCAUACAAAUUUUGUAACCACCUAAGCGAUUUUGAUCAAGUCCACAGUAAAGCUUGAGUUGAAAAUUUAUUAAGGUCUUGUCUCCAAUUGAACUUUCUGCGGCUAAGCUGAGCUGAUUCCUUCAUUGAUUUCAUCAGGUGUUUCGUCUGUUUUCUCCAACCUUUGAUUGAGAAAUCACGCGUCAGAGAUGUGAAAUUGAUGAACGAGUAAUAUGCGAUUUUUCAAUUGUAUAUAUUUAUCACCCAAACAGGGUCUAAUCAGUUUGCUACGAAAAUUGUAACGCCCAGAAGGAAAUGUCGCAUAUAAACUAAGUAUAUAGGUAUAUAAAUGAACAGCAUAACGAGUUGACUCGUUUUAACCAACUAAUCACUAAUUUUUUGAGAUAUCGGUCUGUAAUUUUGCACGCGCCCUUUUCAACCCAAAAAUCACCAAUAUUGAGUCACUAUAGCAUAUAGCUAUAAUACAAACUGAACAAUAGAAAUCAAAUUCUUGUAUGGAAUAUUUUGUAUUUGUGAAUAGUAUUGCAGCUUCGGAACGGAAGCGAUGGAAGUUACUGUUUUUUCUUGUUUGAAUCCUUUUCAACUUUCCGAUUAUUCAACCGUUACAAUACCGGUACUAAUACGAUUCGAACAAAUUAAAGGUGGUGAUGCCAUAAGUCAAACUAAAAAGUCAUCAAGUUAAGAACUUUCUGAAAGCAGUUAUAAACGUUGGAAAAUUUCGGGAGUUUCUGCUCUUUCAAAUAUCACGCCAUCAUAAAACACAUACAUGAGCAAGCAUUGCGGAGCUUAAUAAUCGUACACGAACUUCAUUAUCAGUAUCAGAUUAAAUCAAAUCUCUAAAUUUUCAUACGCUUAUUAGUAUUUUUACUUUAUUUCACUUAAUUGAUAACAAUUAUUUCAUGUACUUGUAAGUCCACAGCUUUUGCUCCACAUCCUUCAUACAAUCCUUUUGAUUUUCUCCUUAAACAUAUCGACCAGCAUUUGUGCGCCAUAACCAUUCGAUUGAUUAUAGUUUGGUAUCUGGCUCAUGCGGGCAACCCAAGCUUUCAAUUUCGGGUACUUAGUCGCAUCGAUGGGCGCCAAGUCAGCGAAACUGGAUACGGUCGAAAUGUUACUAAAGUCGGCUAGAGUGAUGGUUUGUCCGCACAGGUAGGGUUGGUCUGCUAGAAAGACUUCCAGAAAGUCGUAAGCUUCGUAAAUAGCAUCAAUUUUAGCGCGUGGCACUUCAACAUCAUUUCCAUAGAAGAGAGGCAAAGCUAUGUUACGUAAGCAGCCUUGAAACAAAACACCCGUUUCAAAAUGUAGCCGCUGAUCGACAAUGGCACGCUUGAUGAAAUCUUUGGGAUAAAGUGAAUCGUCCUUACCGUAGCGACGUACCAGAUAUGCCAUAAUCGCAUGUGAGUCCCAUAAAUAUUGACCAUCAUCCUCCAGCACUGGCACUGUAUGCUGCGGAUUCUUUUGCAUAAAUUCUGCAGUUUUGUGCUCACCCUCAAGCAGUUUGACUAAUUUGUAUUCGUAUUGUAGACCCAACGCUGCCAGGGUCAAUUUAACAGCGCGCACUGGUGGGCUUGGUUCCACGCCAUACAACACUAGUUUGCCCAUCUUUCUGGAUACACGAUUUCGUAAAUAUUUCGUGUGGAUUUAUGUUUGUGCUAGAAUGAAAGAUUUCAUCCGUUUCGGCUGCUUCUGCUGGCGACCGCGUUGAGUGCUGGUGCUUAACUGAGGCGCUGGAAGCGCGAUUGCUUUUGUUUUCAACGGUUGGACUUUGUUUAUUUUGAAGCUUACAAUAUAUGCAUAAGUACAUACUAAAUGCAUACGUAGACAGACGGUAGUAAAAAUGUGCGACAUACACGCUUAUAAAUAUAUGUUUUAUAGUGAGCGGAUAAAUUUACAAAGAACAUUUAGUUAUCACGAGCUCGUCGCCUAAAAUGCAGUAUCAACAGCUACUCGUUUUAUUUCACAGCAAUGUAAUUAGUUCAGUUUGACAACAAAAUUAUAUAUUUAUAUUGCUAUAUAAUUGAAGAUUAAAUAUGAGUGAGCAAAUUAUCAGCAGCAAAUAUCAAAGCAAUUUCUGAAAUAUAAUAAUCAGAAGAAGACAAAAAAAAAACCUUUACUUCGGUUGUACCGAAGCUAUAAUUCCCUUCACAAAUAAAAAAGUUUUUCAUGCAAAAACUUGGUUUUGAUCGAUCAGUUUGUAUAACAGCUAUAUGCUAUAGUGAUCCGAUAUCAACCUUCCCGACAAAUGAGCAGCUUCUUGG